ACAGUUAAACAUAGGCUCGCCCACACGCCGCUCAUACGCCGAUCCAUCGCCGUCCGAUUGCCCAGUUCCAUCUUCUUACUCGUCGCCAAUACACGUUUCAGAACCAAAAAUGAGUCGCGUCGGAAGGACUAGACGUACUCGCGUUUAUGAUUGCAACUAUAACAAAGGGGAGAGCUACUACCGUCCAGUGCUUGAUCGCCUCGAUGGUAAAGUACCAGUAGCCAGGGAACCUGACCGUGAACGUAUCAGGGGUGAAGUGGAGAGUCGCAUCAAGAGCGCCCUGGAUGACAUCGAGGCACCACACGAUGAUUUCUUUGACUCCAGAGGAGCACGCGCUCAACGUGGCAGACCGCUAUCAUCGGCUUUUGAAGAAGACGAGUUGUCAGAAGAUAUAACUGAGUCUUUGAAGCGUCUUCGAGCUGGUAAGAAGUCAUCACGCUUCGCAGAAGACAUCGACUUCGAGAACACCGUUUCUAACAUCGAAAACCGCAUGAGGAUCUCAGACAAGAUCCUUGAAAGCGUCGGAGUCGGUCAGUCUGAAAUGAGUGGAGCGAGAAGAGCGCUGCAGGACAACGAAGAAAGAACAGAAAAACGUAUAGCUAGAAGGCUCAAUGAGGAAAACUCACUCACAAAAUGGACUGCUUUGAAUCGCGACGACGAAAGUGCUGCAGCGCAACGUGCAAGGGCAACAAGAGCACGUUUGACUGAUUUAGAAGACGAAAUGACAGAGCUCAGCGAAAAAAGCGCUGCACGAGAAAAACGCGCAGCGCGUCUCAGGGCUCUAGUGGCUGACAGUGAUGCGUCCGAAUCCACUUUAGCCGCAUCCAAAAUAACUGUCAGAGCGGAAAGGGAAAAGAAACAAGUCACUUUUUAAAUAACUAUUUUGUAUAUUACAAACUCAUCCAACUCUUCAUUCUAAAAUCUUUAUUUAUAGAAUUAUUGAGAUAGUUGAUGAAUACUGGAUUAGUCGUUCUGUGAGCUCCACUGUUAUUAUUUUUUACAAUUUUAUUUAUUAAUUCACUCUGGAAGUGGUGUUUCGAUGUAUAAAGAGUGUUGCUAUGUAUGAUCGCCGAUUUGAUGUCUAUUUUAUACUUAUUGUGUAGAGUAAAACACAGCGUAUUACCCUGUUUUUAUUUAUUUGUUGAAUAAAGUAC